GGCAGCUGACUUGACUUGGAAUAAGAGAGUCCGCAAAUUCUGCAUUACCCGCCACCAAGCUCUUCACCUUCUUCCUUUGUAAAGGACUCAGUCUUCACUCGCUUUCUCUUUUAUGCUCAAUUGGCUCACAAAAACCAAAGCCAUAACAAAGUCAUAGCCUUUUUUUUCUUCCUUCUCUGGGUAAGUGGCGAGAGAGAGAGGAGAGAGAAAUAUCAUUUUAGUGGUUGAAGCUUUCAGGAGGUAGAAUCCAAGAGUAGCCUUUUUUUCUUCUUCUGGGAAACUGGAGAGAGAGAGAGAGAGGGAGGAGGGAGAAAUAUCAUUUUAGUGGUUGAAGCUUGGAAGAGGCAGAAUCAAGAGGAGGAAGAAGAAGAAGAAGAAGAAGAAGAAGAAGAAGAAGAAGAAGAAGAUGGGGAAUUGUUGGGGUUCUCCAGUUGAAAACCCAACACCAGUAACUACUGGUGAUCUCAGUACAGUGGUCAGCAACUUAUCUCAGACAACCAGUAUUAACAUCAGCAACUUAUCUCAGACAACCAGUAAUAACACAUCUUCAGGGGAGUGUACUGUUUCUCGGAAUAGCCAGUUCUCCGCUGCAAGCGGCGACGAGGCCAGUGCACAUGGGCAGAUCUUACCCACCCCAAACUUGAGGAUCUUCAGUUUUUUGGAGUUGAAGGUUGCAACCAGAAACUUCAGACCAGAUACAGUGCUUGGGGAAGGAGGUUUUGGGAUGGUCUUCAAAGGCUGGCUCGAGGACAAGGCGCCGGCCAAGUCAGGAAAAUCAACAGUUAUCGCGGUGAAAAAAUUGAGUUCUGAGAGCUUGCAAGGAUUUGAGGAAUGGCAGUCAGAGGUGAAUUUCUUAGGGCGACUAUCUCAUCCUAAUCUUGUAAAGCUAUUCGGAUACUGUUGGGAGGAUAAAGAGCUGCUGCUUGUCUAUGAGUUCAUGUCAAAGGGUAGCUUGGAAAACCAUCUAUUUGGAAGGGGAUCGGCUGUUCAACCACUUCCAUGGGAUAUACGGAUUAAAGUUGCAAUAGGAGCUGCUCGAGGCCUGGAAUUCUUGCAUACAUCAGAGAAGCAAGUUAUCUAUAGAGAUUUCAAAGCUUCAAAUAUACUUCUUGACGGGUCAUAUACUGCCAAGAUAUCCGACUUUGGCUUGGCAAAAAUGGGUCCUUCAGCAAGUCAAUCGCACGUGACAACACGGGUUAUGGGUACAUAUGGUUAUGCUGCUCCUGAGUAUGUUGCCACAGGUCAUCUGUAUGUGAAGAGCGACGUGUAUGGUUUUGGUGUUGUUUUGAUCGAGAUAUUGACCGGCUUGAGGGCCCUUGAUACACAUCGUCCAAGUGGAAAACAGAAUUUAGUAGACUGGAUAAAACCAUUUCUUUCAGACAAAAGAAAACUGAAAGGCAUUAUGGAUCCCCAGCUGCAGGGAAGAUAUCCUUCCAAAGCUGCCUUUCGAAUUUCUCUUCUUGCUCUAAAAUGCAUCGAAUCUGAACACAGAAACAGGCCAUCAAUGAAGGAUGUCGUGGAGGAAUUGGAACGGAUAGAAUCUGCUAAUGAACUUACAAGGGAACCAAGGCCUCGUUCUACUCAUCCUAUGACUCAUCGACAAGGCCAGAAGCCGUUGCAUCAUCGCUCUCCACUUCACCCCAGGCAAGACGGAUCUCAAAGCUACCAACAGUCACACCAGGUUCGAGUGAAGUAACUCUAGCACGACUGCUGUCAGGAAAUAUUGUGUCAAAAAGUUUCGAUUUGUUCAUGUAUGUAUCUCCUGGGAGUUUAGAUUAAGCUUAUUGUUGUGUUAAACCGGGUGUGUUCUGUUAGCUGUGACACUGUAAUUAUUGUUUCGCUUCGGUAAUUAAGCUUCAAAACUUGUAAGCAGAGUAAUUAGUUGUGAUUUUUCUGGAAGGGAAAUUUAACCUUCUAUUUUGUUAUCAAGUUUAAAGAUUCAAGGACAAAAUAUUUUACUGUCA